CAGGCAGCUCUGCAAAAGCUGAUGGAAAAUGAGAAAAGAUGUGAUGAAUGGCAGGAUGAUCUUCAGCAACAGAGAGCUGACUGGGAGAAUCAAAUACAGAGCAAUGUAGAAAACAUUCAGAGACAGUUUAAUGGACUAAGAGAGCUCCUGGACUCCAAGGAGAAUGAGAAGCUGCAGGAGCUGAAGAAAGAGAAGGAAGAGGUUAUGGAAAAGCUGGAAGAGUCUGAAAAUGAGCUAAGGGAGCAGACAGAGUUGGUGAGAGACCUCAUCUCAGAUGUGAAGCAUCAGUUGAAGCUCUCAACUAUGGAAAUGCUGCAAGGUGUAAAUUGUGUCCUGAGAAGGAGUCAGACCUUGAGACUGAAACAGCCCAAAAUGGUCCCCCCAAAAAGAAGAAGAAUGUUCCAAGCUCCAGAUCUGAAAGGCAUGCUGCAAGUGUAUCAAGGGCUCAUGGAUUUCCAGCAAUACUGGGUUCGUGUGACUCUACAAGAAAACAACCAGGAAAGCAUUGUCAUUAAUAUAAACAAAAGACAAAUAGGACAUAUGAGUAAAUACAGGAAGAAUAUUCAAGUUUCUGAGACGUACCAUUUGGGUGUACUGGGAUACCCAGCUAUUUCCUCAGGGAAGCAUUACUGGGAAGUUGACGUGUCUAGAAGUGAUGCCUGGCUCCUCGGAUUAAAUGAUGGAAAGUGUGCUCAGCCUCAAUUUCAUUCAAUGAAUGAAAUAAGCUUCAAAAUGCAACAUAAUUCCAAUGAUAAACAAAAUGUAAUGUAUCAGCCUAAAUAUGGCUACUGGGUUAUAGGGAUGAGGUAUAAGGUUGUAUACAAGGCCUUUGAUGAGUGUUCUAUCACCCACAAUUCCAGUGUCUUAGCCCUCUCUCUGUCUGGUCGUCCCAGUCGUGUCGGAGUUUUCCUGGAUCGGGAAGCUUGCACUCUCUCAUUUUAUGAUGUUUCUAACUGUGGAGCUCUCAUCUACAGGUUCUAUGACCCCUUCUUCCCUCCUACACUCUAUCCAUAUUUUAAUCCUAUGAAUUGUACAGGUCCUAUGAUUAUAUGCGGGCCACCCUCCUAAACCCUCACCUAUAUCUAUACAGUGCCCCCAUGUCUGGUCUAUCUUAUGUGCCACAGCACACUUGCAUCAUUCUAACUUUUUUUUUGUCUUAGGCCCUUUAUUUUAAUGACCUUCAUUUCUAACCACAAUCUACUGUGGAUUCAUUUCCUUGAUCCAGUUGCUUGUCUGCUCACAAGAUGAUUACUGUCAUUGGUUAUUUCCCAUAUUCCCAAAGAAAAUGGUUGUUCUCUCAUGAAGUGAAAUUGAGCCUCUGUUAACACCAUCUCUGUAGGAAAACAGUCAAAAGAAUGACUCAUGGUGAGCAAUGUCUUAGGGACCUGUAAGAGAAGCCGCAGAAUAAAAGAAAGAGGGCCUUUAACCUCAGGGACAUUUUGUUCCCUGGAUUGCUUUGGAUGUGAUUUUGUGUGUCCUGCAA